UACCUCGUUACGUUACGUGAUAGGAGAAAGUACCGAUAAAAAGUACAAUAAAGAGAAUAACGAGAAGUAGUGACUCGAUUAAACAGAAAAAGCAGCCCGCGAGAGCUUCCGACGGCCGAACGAGCUGAAUGAAUGAAGCUGCUCUGUAGGCUCAAAACCUCCCCAUCGCUCCACCCCACCAAUCUCCUCCCCGACAGAAACCUUAAUCCUGCCGCCAACAGGAGGGCGGCGGAGCAGCGCUGCUUGUCCCUUCUCCGGUCCUGCUCAGCCGCCCGCUGUCUCUCCCAACUCCACGCCUACAUCCUCAAGCAUGGCCUCCUCACCAACCCGCUCGUCCUCACCAAGUUCACUUCCACGGCCUCCGACCUCAACGCGGUGGACUACGCGUCCGCCAUCGUUUUCUCCCCGGAGGCCGACACCAGCCUCUACGACACUUUCCUCUUCAACACCAUUAUCAGGGCGUAUGCCCUUAACAAGGACGUCAAAGCCGUGGGCUUGUUUAAUUCCAUGCUGAGGUUUGGUGCUUUACCCAAUCAGUUCACGUACCCAUUUGUCCUUAAAGCAUGUGCGGCCAUUGGGGACCUGAAGCUGGGCCGGGCGGUCCACGGGUCUGCGGUGAAGUUUGGGCUCAAUGAGAACUCCCACGUUAGGAAUACUCUGGUCCAUGUGUAUGGUUCUUGUGUUGGCGGCAUCGAGUGUGCGCGGAAGCUGUUCGAUGAAAUACCCAGCCAGGACUCCGUUUCUUGGAGCGCGAUGAUUGGCGGUUAUGUCCGAGCAGGGCAGUCUGCUGAUGCUGUUGCGUUGUUUCGGAAAAUGCAAGUUUCUGGGGUCAAGCCCGAUGAGAUCACGAUGGUCUUGGUCCUCUCCGCUUGCGCAGAUUUGGGUGCGCUCGAGUGUGGGAGGUGGGUGGAGUCAUUUAUUGUGAGGGAGAGGGUUGAAAGAAGCGUUGAGCUCUGUAAUGCUCUUAUUGGCAUGUUUGCAAAAUGCGGCGACUUGAAGAAUGCAUUGAGGGUGUUUCGAGACAUGGAUGAUAAGACGAUUGUCUCGUGGACUUCCGUGAUUGGUGGAAUGGCAAUGCAUGGCUAUGGCUCGGAAUCAGUCGCUUUGUUUGAGGAGAUGAUCAAUGCUAGGGUGGUGCCUGAUGAUGUCGCCUUCAUCGGGCUCCUUUCGGCUUGUAGCCACUCUGGACUGGUCCAAGAAGGCCGCAAGUACUUCAACUUGAUGAAGGAGAAAUUUGGGAUUGAGCCCAAGAUUGAACACUAUGGGUGCUUAGUCGACCUUUUAUGCAGGGGUGGACUUAUUAAAGAGGCCGUAGAGUUUGUCGACAGAAUGCCCAUUGAGCCAAACCCGAUCAUAUGGCGGACACUUACUAGCAUGUGCCGAGCUCAAGGCGAGCUUGAACUCGGGGAAAGAAUCAGCAAAAAGCUAAUCGAAGAAGAACCUAUGCGAGAGUCAAACUAUGUUCUGCUUUCCAACAUUUAUGCAAAAACGUCUCGCUGGGAGAAGAAAACUAAGAUUAGAGAGGCUAUGGAUACAAGAGGGAUGAGGAAAGUUCCUGGGAGCACAUUGAUUGAGCUCGAUAAUGAGAUCUAUGAAUUCGUGGCAGGGGAUAAGUCCCAUGAUCAAUAUGAGAAGAUCUAUGAGAUGGUGGAUGAGAUGGGGAAGGAGAUGAGGAGGGCUGGGUAUCUGCCUUCCACCUCUGAGGUUUUGCUAGACAUUGAUGAGGAAGACAAGGAAGAUGCCCUUAAUCGCCACAGUGAGAAGUUGGCGAUUGCUUUUGCUCUUCUAAAGACUCCGCCAGGUACUCCAAUACGUAUUGUGAAGAACUUGCGGGUCUGUAAUGAUUGUCAUUCUGCUACGAAGUUCAUAUCUAAGGUCUACAAGCGGGAGAUAAUAGUGAGGGAUAGAAGCCGAUUUCAUCACUUCAAGGAUGGGGUGUGCUCGUGUAGAGAUUUCUGGUAGCAAAUUGAUUCUGAUUUAAAGUUUUGAUCCCUCUUUCUGAGAAGCUUCUUGACUGGAAAAAUUGUCUCUUUGAUUCAUGCCGGGACAACUUUGAUUGUUUGAAAGACGAAUCGUUUGAGCUGAGGAGCUUUGAAAUUCCUAACAAGGGAUCAAAGCAGAGAUCCCGCAAGAAACUCUCAGUUUCUAGGUGCAAUCAUGCUGUUUAUGGAGGAGAUCAUGAUGGUUUUCAUGCUUACGGGAGAUGAUCCAAUGGUUAUACUUUUGGAGACGAAAGGGUCAUUUACCGGGGUCACAAUCAUGAGUCCCUCGAAGAUUAUUCUCCACUUUGCUUGACUCUCACCUCGAGAUGCAUCCAAUCAUGGGCAUUUCUCCAUGAGCAGCGACGGCUACUACUAUUCUGCUCUUCGCAAGAACAAGUCAAAGAAGUUUGGGUCUCUGAUAUCCACCCGAGACAGAAGAAUAGUGGCUAGCCAUAGUCCUGGAGCUGCUACAGGAUUGGAAAAACACUGGGCAUCAGAGGAAUCACCAGUUAGAUGCGUUUUGAGGACCACAGGAUGGUUCAGAGAUGGAUGAAUUCGCCAUCCGAGAUGCUUCUGGUGCUGCGCAACAUGCUUGAACCAUGGCCAAGUUGAAGCGAGAGAGGGCAAGGGUGAUGUUCAACGGGGCAGAUCUCACCAUUCACAAGGCUGAGGCCGCUCUCUUGACUGCUGAGGCAAUGAAAGCUUCUUUGGAGGACUUGAACGGCAGGGAGUAGGGAAGAGUAUGGGAGAGCUCUGCCAUGGAAGAAGAUUGUGCACAAUACAGUAUCUCUGCAUAGGUUUUUAGCGUGAACUGGGUCAAUGGUCGUGGUUGCGUUUCCACCAAUUCAUUCUCGAUUCAGUGAUUCUGCCUUGGAGAAAAGAAAUACCGGUGCCGGAACUUCCAGUUGCAGGUGCAUGGUGGAUCGAGUUUUAGGGGUACUUCUCUUUACAGAAAGUUUUUGGUCGCCUCUUUUUCCCGCUUAGAUUUUUUUUUUUUGCUCCUCUUCCGGUCUCUUUCGCCUCAGUUUCAAAUGGUUGAGUUAGCGGUAGUAAAUAACGAAGGACAGACUGUCGUAAAUUCAUUGCAAAGAACCUGUUUGUUAGAUUUUCAUUAAUCCGAAGCCAUCUAGGGAGAAGAAAUGGAGGAAGAACAGAAAUUGCUGUUUGUAUCUUUAGCUUAUACCUUCUUUUUUCCCAAAACAGAGUAUUGAUGAAUCUCAAGGAAUUCGCUCUA